CCGGCCUCAUGGACGCGCCACGCGCCUCCGCGCCGCCCGCCGGAGAGGUAAGGCUGGCCUCUCCGCGCUCGGAGGUCUGAGCUCUGCCAUGGGGGUAGGGGUGUCUCUACUGCUGCAGUUUUCUCUGACAUCUGGGGGCUACCAGAGUGUGGGCCGGAGCAGGCGCUGCAGCCGCAGAAGUAGCCCCAGGACCGUCCCCGGGAGGAGCUGGAAAAAGCCUCAUCUCCAGCUGCACACUCUGCAGGAGGAAGAGCGCAUGCUGGAACGGCGCUGCAGGGGCCCCCUGGCCAUGGGGCCCGUCCAGCCCCGGCCCCUCUCAGGGCCUUCUCGGGUCCCCCAGGCCCUGGAGAAGGAGCCCCGCGGGCUGAGGUCACCCGGCACUCCCGUGGCCCAGGCGGACAGCCAGGCCCCGGGCAGGGCCCAUCGCUGUGGCCACUGUCGGCGGCUUCCCGGCUGGGUGGCCCUGUGGCUGCACGCGCGGCGCUGCCAGGCCCGGCUGCCCCUGCCCUGCGCGGAAUGUGGCCGGCGCUUCCGACACGCCCCCUUCUUGGCGCUGCACCGCCAGGUCCACGCCGCGGCCACCCCCGACCUGGGCUUCGCCUGCCACCUCUGCCGCCAGAGCUUCCGGAGCUGGGUGGCGCUGGCUCUGCACCUGCGGGCGCACUCGGCCGCCAAGCGGCCCCAGGCCUGCCCCGAGUGUGAGAGACGCUUCUGGCGCCGCAAGCAGCUCCGCGCCCACGUGCGGCGCUGCCACCCGCCCGCCCCCGAGGCCCGGCCCUUCAUCUGCGGCAACUGCGGCCGCAGCUUCGCGCAGUGGGACCAGCUGGUGGCUCACAAGCGGGUUCACGUCGCCGAGGCGCUGGAGGAGGCCGCGGCCAAGGCGCUGGGCCCGCGGCCCCGCGGCCGCCCGCGGUGACCGCGCCCCGGCCGGGGGGACGCCGUGGACCGCCCCUUCCAGUGCGCCUGCUGCGGCAAGCGCUUCCGCCACAAGCCCAACCUGAUCGCGCACCGGCGCGUGCACACGGGCGAGCGGCCGCACCAGUGCCCCGAGUGCGGCAAGCGCUUCACCAACAAGCCCUACCUGACCUCGCACCGGCGCAUCCACACCGGCGAGAAGCCCUACCCCUGCUCGGAGUGCGGCCGCCGCUUCCGCCACAAGCCCAACCUCCUGUCCCACAGCAAGAUCCACAGGCGCUCCGAGGGCGCGGCCCCGGCGCCCAGGGCUCGGGGAGCCCCCCGCUGCCCGCCGCGCCCCCGGAGCCCGCCGCCGAGCCCGCGGCCCUGGGCGCAGGCCCGCGCCGGAGCCGGCCCCCGCCCCGCGGCCGGGCGCGCCCGGGGAGCCCCGCGGGACCCGGCCGCGGCGCCCCCCGCGCCGCACAGCUGCGAGGACUGCGGCCGCGCCUUCCGGCUGGAGCGCUUCCUGCGGGCGCACCGGCGGCAGCACAGCGGGGAGCGGCCCUUCGCCUGCGCCGAGUGCGGCAAGAACUUCGGCAAGAAGACGCACCUGGCGGCGCACGCGCGGGUGCACUCGGGGGAGCGGCCCUUCGCCUGCGAGGAGUGCGGGCGCCGCUUCUCGCAGGGCAGCCACCUGGCGGCGCACCGGCGCGACCACGCGCCCGAGCGGCCCUUCGUGUGCCCGGACUGCGGCAAGGCCUUCCGCCACAAGCCCUACCUGGCCGCCCACCGGCGCAUCCACACCGGCGAGAAGCCCUACGUGUGCCCCGACUGCGGCAAGGCCUUCAGCCAGAAGUCCAACCUGGUGUCCCACCGGCGCAUCCACACGGGCGAGCGCCCCUACGCCUGCCCCGACUGCGACCGCAGCUUCAGCCAGAAGUCCAACCUCAUCACCCACCGCAAGAGCCACAUCCGGGACGGCGCCUUCUGCUGCGCCAUCUGCGGCCAGACCUUCGACGACGAGGACAAGCUCCUGGCCCACCAGAAGAAGCACGACGUCUGAGAGGCCGCCGCGCGCUCCGGUGGGAGCCGGCCUUGGCCGUGGGGGCCUGCGUGGCCGCGGGGGGCAGCCAGGGCUGGGGACUGGGAAGGGCUGGGGGAGGCAGGAGCAAGCACCUUGUUAGAGAGGAAGGUCAGCCCCCGGGGCCAGGGAACCCCCCAGAGCACAGGGACCCCAGUGCCAGCUGUGUUUGCUGUGGUCCCUCCUGGGAAAGUAGCGUAGGACCCCCGGCCCCCACCAGGGCCCUGCUGCCCGAGCAGCCACCAGUGGGCGGAGGCCCCUUCUCUGCUGUGACGCCUUAACGCCUGUCUUGUGUUCCCUGGGCCUGGUCGGGAGCAGGCGUGGUGUCUUGUUUAGUGAGUGGAGCGCGCGCCUGGGAGAACCUGCUGGCCUUGUUAGCAGCCCCUGGGCCUUUCCAGCUUGGGCAGGAAGCCAAUGCGCCUGCCUGUCCCCUCCUUCCCGCCCUGCUCAGGCUCCUAGGCGGAGAGACCCUCUCCUGCUAGCCCUGCUCACCCCCUGCCUCCCUGAAGUUCCGCCCCCCCGGGGUGGGCUCGCAGGCCCGACUUGCUUUAUUCACUCCUCUCAGUGCUUCGAGCCCUUGACCUUCAGCAGCCCAGACAGGCUUCCGUCUGAACACCCUGCCCGCUGCUCCCCCCGGAACUCAUCCUUGGUGGGGAGGAGGGUCAGUGGAGGGAGACGUGGGGCGAGUUUCCUUCUCCACAUUUUUAGCGCUCAGAUGCCCAGCCUCUGCUUGAACGCUUAGGUGACAGGGGGUCCCCACCUCCCGAGGCCCUGGUUCUAUUGUAGGAUCAUUCUAAUUGUUAGAAAUUCUUCCUUAUAACGAAUGAAAUCUGCUUUCCUAUGAUUUCUACCUAUUGGGCCUUGUUCUGUUCUCUGGAACUAAAUGGAACACCUACUCGCCCUCCUUUUCAAACUAGAGAAUAAAGAUUUGGUUUUAGAGCUGGUGGCUGGGAAGUGUUCCUUUCUCCUGGGGAGCUGUGGGGGUGGAGUCCAAGCAGCGCGCUGUGCCCCUAGUUGGGGGGACCUGCUAACAGCUCAGGUACCCUGACUUCAACUCCUCUGAGCCCCAUCUCCAUUUCUUCCUGGGGAGGCCAGGAAAACCCAGAAGUGGGGCUGGUUCUCUAGGGGUUCAGCCUUCUGUGGGGUCAUCAGACUCGUCGGGUGCCAGUUAGGAGGAAAGGGUCCGAUUUGAUCCUGUCCUGCAGGCUCCCCACUGGCCCACCACAGUGCCCGUGACACCUCUUCGGGACCCUCCUGGCCCUGGCCAUCUUCACACACGCCAGGUGCCUGUUUCUGACAGCCGUCGGCCCUUUUCCUGCCUGUGUUGGUAGUUCCUGCUGAGGCCCCUGGCCGCAUAGCGUCUGUGCGUCUGUCACCAUGUCUUAUGGUGGCAUCUUGCAAAGUGCCUGCGUCACCUCACGUCGUCCUUGUGUGGCAGGUGUCCUUUUACAGGCGGAAACAUUUGUUCAAGGUCAUCAUGGGGAUCUCCAGGCUCCCGGGCCCUGUGCUUACUGGGGUGAGCAGGGCCAGCUGCUGCUGCUGCUGCUGGGGAAGGUGUCACCUGUCGACUCUGCUCUGUGUCGUGAUGGGAACUGAGGGGUCUCAAUGAUCAG